CUUCUUAUGAAAUUACAAACAGCCAGGCACAAAGUCUGAAGACAAUUACACAAAUUAAAAACAUGAUAAAACGGAAAUAUAAAUCCCCAUCAAUUCUAUUUGAAGGGAGACGAUUUAAAUAGUGUAAAAUUCGUUCGAAAUUUAUCCCGGAAAGAAUCAAGAUGAUGCUAGGAAGGAAGCAGAGCUUAAAAGGGGAACCCAUUUUGGCUGAUUAUGGACCUGAUGAGGCUUUCAACGAAAGCGCAGAUAUUGAAUGGGUGAACAAGAGAUGGGUACGACGUUUGAUGAGAACAUGUGCUCUGCUAAGUCUGGCCUCUGUAAGUUGCAAUACUCCAAAAACCUUCGAGAAAUUCCAUUUUAUGCAGACUACCACCUUUUCUGUCGAUGCUGUUGUCACAAUUCUUUUUACCUCUGAAAUGAUAGCCAAAAUGCACAUAAGGGGAAUUCUGAAGGGCGAUCGACCUUACCUCAAAGACCACUGGUGCCAAUUUGAUGCAAGUAUGGUGUUUUUUCUUUGGAUAUCGGUUAUUUUGCAAGUUUUCGAAAUGCUUAGCAUAGUUCCACGAUUCAGCUACUUAUCCAUAUUAAGAGCACCGAGACCAUUGAUCAUGAUAAGAUUUUUGAGAGUAUUUCUGAAGUUUUCUAUGCCUAAAUCUCGGAUAAAUCAGAUAUUCAAGCGAUCGAGUCAGCAAAUCUACAACGUGACAUUAUUUUUCCUUUUCUUCAUGUCACUGUAUGGCUUAUUGGGAGUGCAAUUUUUCGGAGAGUUGAAAAACCACUGCGUCACAGUUGAUACUGCCGAACCAAAGGAAAUAACAAUUAACAGUUUAGCCAUACCUGACACAUAUUGUUCUCUGGAUCCUUCGUCUGGCUAUCAAUGUCCUGAAGGAAUGAAAUGCAUGAAGCUGGAGGGAGUUUCCCGUUACAUUAUCGGCUUCAAUGGAUUUGAUGAAUUCGUAACCAGCUUCUUUACCGUCUACCAAGCAGCGUCACAAGAAGGAUGGGUUUUUAUAAUGUACAGAGCGAUCGAUUCAUUACCUGGUUGGAGAGCAGUUCUAUACUUCAGUACGAUGAUUUUCUUCCUAGCUUGGUUGGUCAAGAAUGUUUUCAUAGCUGUUAUCACUGAAACUUUUAACGAAAUACGGGUGCAAUUUCAACAAAUGUGGGGUAUACGGGGACAUAUUCAAAACAGCACUGCUUCUCAGAUAUUGAUUGGUGACGACAGAGGAUGGAGACUGGUUACCUUGGACGAAAAUAAACACAGCGGAUCAGCACCGGAAUUUUGUCAUAAAAUUUUAAGAUCUCCCCAUUUCCGACUGAUAGUGAUGUGCGUAAUACUAGCAAAUGGCAUCGUUACAGCCACAAUGCGGUUCGAGCACGACGAAAGGCCUAGACAUGUCUUUUACGAAAAAUAUUACUACAUAGAACUGGGAUUUACAGCUCUCCUGAAUUUGGAAACUAUUUUUAAAAUUUGGUGUUUGGCAUGGAGGGGAUACUGGAAACAUUCCAUUCAUAAAUUCGAGUUGUUGUUAGCUAUCGGCACUACGAUCCAUGUUAUUCCAGGCUUUUAUAUGACCGGAUUUACGUACUUUCAGGUUUUGCGAGUUGUAAGGCUGAUCAAAGCAUCGCCCUUAUUAGAAGACUUCGUUUAUAAAAUUUUUGGUCCUGGAAAAAAAUUGGGAAGCCUGAUUAUAUUCACUAUGUGUUUGCUAAUAAUCUCUUCUAGUAUUUCGAUGCAGUUGUUUUGUUUUUUGGAUUUUGCUAAAUUUGAAACUUUCGCCGAAGCAUUUAUGUCUAUGUUCCAAAUAUUGACGCAGGAAGCUUGGGUCGAAGUGAUGGAUGAAACAAUGUUGAGGACGAGAUCGAUGUUAGCGCCACUAGUUGCUGUAUAUUUUAUUUUAUAUCAUUUGUUUGUUACGUUGAUCGUGUUAAGUUUAUUCGUAGCAGUUAUCUUAGAUAAUUUGGAACUUGAUGAAGAUAUUAAGAAACUGAAACAGUUGAAAUACAGAGAACAGAGUGCAGAAAUUAAGGAAACAUUACCCUUUCGUUUAAGAAUAUUUGAAAAGUUUCCUGAUAGUCCUUUAAUGGUAACUCUACACAAAGUACCUUCUGACUUCAAUCUACCAAAGGUAAGAGAAAGUUUCAUGAGACAAUUUGUUUAUGAAACUGAAGAUGACGAAAAUUCUGAGGGAGGAAUCAAAAAAUUGUGCGAAGAAGUAUUCGACACCAAGGUUAUCUACAGGAAACAAAAACCAUUAAAAAUUUUAAAUAACUUAACCAAAGUGAGAACUGUUAAUUUGAAGCUCAAGAAGACAGCAGUGGCUCAAAUCGUAAAUGACUCGAACAACCAAAGACUGAUGUUGGGCGAUUCUUCAAUGAUACCAGUUCCAGGAAGCAAAGGGCCUUUAAAACCUCAAGGAACCGUAAACAGUAUGAAACAGUUACGUAUCGAUCAUAAGAAAUUUGGUUCGCGAUCAAUCAGACGAAGUGUACGCAGUGGUUCUAUUAAGCUGAAACAAACCUACGAACAUUUGAUGGAAAAUGGUGAUAUCGGUGUCAACAGGGUCACGUCAAACAGAGCCCGACCUCACGAUCUGGACAUUAAGUUAUUACAAGCCAAAAGACAACAAGCAGAAAUGAGAAGAAAUCAGCGAGAAGAAGAUCUACGAGAAAACCACCCUUUCUUCGAUACGCCUCUUUUUGCUGUACCAAGAGAGAGUAAAUUUAGAAAAUUUUGUCAAAUGAUUGUCUAUGCUCGAUAUGAUGCCAGGUUAAAGGACCCUCUUACUGGAAAAGAAAGAAAAGUUCAAUACAAAACCCUGCAUAAUUUCCUUGGAUUAGUUACUUACCUAGAUUGGGUGAUGAUAACUAUGACAACCUUAUCAUGUUUAUCAAUGAUGUUCGAGACACCAUCCUACCGAGUUAUGGAGAACGCCAGUUUACAAAUAGCCGAGUAUGGAUUUGUCAUUUUUAUGAGUAUCGAAUUGGCUCUCAAGAUUUUGGCAGAUGGCUUAUUCUUCACUCCAAAAGCUUACGUUAAGGAUGUUGCAGCAGUGUUGGAUGUCUUUAUCUAUGUAGUUAAUUUAACUUUCCUCUGUUGGAUGCCGAAAAGCGUUCCACCUAACUCUGGGGCACAAUUGCUUAUGAUACUACGAUGUCUGAGACCCCUGAGAAUAUUUACUUUAGUUCCCCAUAUGAGUAAAGUCGUAUACGAGCUUUGUAGAGGAUUUAAAGAAAUUCUGUUGGUAUCGACACUUUUAAUUCUUCUGAUGUUCAUAUUUGCCAGCUUUGGAGUACAAUUGUACGGUGGAAGAUUGGCGCGUUGUAACGAUCCUAAUAUAACAAGAAGAGAAGAUUGCGUGGGGAUGUUUAUGAGGAGAGUUUUUGUUACAAAAAUGAAAGUUCAACCUGGUGAAAAUGAGUCAUUUCCAGCUAUCAUGGUACCUCGAGUUUGGGCAAAUCCAAGAAGAUUCAAUUUUGAUAAUAUAGGAGAUGCAAUGUUGACUCUCUUUGAAGUAUUAUCUUUUAAGGGGUGGUUGGACGUUAGAGAUAUUCUCAUCAAAAACUUAGGUCCUGUGCAUGCUAUAUAUAUCCACGUCUACAUUUUCUUGGGUUGCAUGAUUGGACUAACUUUGUUCGUUGGUGUUGUCAUUGCAAAUUAUUCUGAAAACAAGGGAACAGCUCUCUUAACAGUUGACCAAAGACGAUGGUGUGAUUUAAAAAAGCGACUAAAAAUUGCCCAACCCCUACACCUUCCUCCAAGACCUGACGGUAAAAAGUUUAGAGCGUUUAUCUACGAUAUCACACAAAAUAUAAAGUUUAAAAGGACAGUAGCCUUUAUGGUUCUAAUAAACAGUGCACUUUUGAGUGUUACGUGGAAUAAAGAAAACGCCCAUACUGAAAUAUUAGCCACAAUUGACAUUAUUUGUACACUCGUUUUCGUGAUUGAAGUUGUUAUGAAGAAUAUAGCUUUUACUCCUAGAGGCUAUUUACAGUCAAGAAGAAAUCGAUACGACCUAUUUGUUACUGUCGUAGGAGUUAUUUGGAUGUUCUUCCAUUGCAUGUUCAGGAAUGAUUUAACAUACUUCAUAGGUUUCAUGGUAGUAAUUCUUCGUUUCUUCACUAUAACCGGUAAACAUGCCACGCUCAAAAUGUUAAUGCUAACAGUUGGUGUGUCCGUAUGUAAAAGCUUUUUCAUCAUAUUUGGAAUGUUUUUACUCGUGUUUUUCUACGCAUUAGCUGGAACCAUCAUUUUCGGAACUGUGAAGUAUGGUGAAGGCAUUGGAAGGAGAGCAAAUUUUGAGUCUCCUGUAACAGGCGUUGCUAUGCUAUUUAGAAUCGUAACAGGAGAAGAUUGGAAUAAAAUUAUGCACGAUUGUAUGAUUCAACCGCCAUUUUGUACUCCAGCUGACAAUUACUGGCAAACGGAUUGCGGAAAUUUCUAUGGUUCAUUAAUAUACUUUUGUACUUUUUAUGUUAUCAUCACAUAUAUCGUGUUGAAUCUACUAGUGGCUAUUAUCAUGGAGAACUUCUCUCUGUUUUACUCUAACGAAGAAGAUGCACUUUUAUCAUAUGCGGAUAUUCGAAACUUUCAAAAUACUUGGAAUGUUGUUGACAUUCACCAGAGGGGCGUAAUACCUGUACGUAGGGUCAAAUUUAUUUUAAGACUGUUAAAAGGGCGUCUAGAAGUGGACCCUCAAAAAGACAGGUUGUUAUUUAAGCACAUGUGUUAUGAACUGGAAAGACUUCAUAACGGAGAAGAUGUUACGUUUCAUGACGUCAUAAACAUGUUGUCCUAUCGAUCGGUCGAUAUAAGGAAAGCUUUACAAUUAGAGGAGCUGUUAGCAAGAGAAGAAUUCGAAUAUAUUAUUGAAGAAGAAGUUGCUAAACAGACUAUAAGAACGUGGUUAGAAGGAUGUCUCAAAAAAAUACGGUCAACUAAUAAACAACAAAGCAGUCUAAUGGCAGGUCUACGAGCAACAAACGAAGCUUUAUCAAUGCCGGACCCAAUGGAAGAACGUAAAAGUGGAAGUCCAGAUCAAGAAAACGAAGUUGAAGCAAAUAAAGAAAACGAGCCACGGAAGCAAAAAGCUGUUAAUCUUCCCAGGUCAGAUAGUAUAGGUAGCAGCUCCGUAGGAAAUUUUUAGCCCCCACUCUCUCAGACCCAUCCGCCAGACAAGAGAAAGAGAGGAUAGUAACAAAGAAGAAAAAUAACAGACCUUCAGUAGUGGUUAAUAAAAAUUUAUCGCAUUUAAACGAAAGCGAAAACAGGAUGCCAAGAGAAGUUUACAAUAGCAAAACUACCGUUCCAAAAGCUAAUAACACUUUAAACGAAAUCAAGGACUGGUGGAAUGAACAGCUGGCGUACGUUUCUUCAAGUGAUGAAGAAUAAAUAGAGUUUUAUUAGACAUUUAAAAAAAAAUGUUCAAAAUUAACGUUUUUCAGUCACAAAAAUUGUAUUAUUUUUUGGUUAAGUUGUGGUAAAGUAUCAUAGAGAAAACCAAAACAAACAAAAUACAUCAAGGUUUAUUAAAAUCGGCUGACUAGAUCCGGUGAUCAACUGUCGGCCAGUUUUAAAAAUGUAGUUUUGUGGAAAACGUGUUUUUUAGUUUUUUUUACAAAUAUUUAUUUCAAAAUCGGUUCUAUAGAAAUAGAACUGAGAAUCUACGAGACAGCUAACAAUACAAGAUGUAAAAGUAUUUUACAGAGUUAUUUUUGAAGGUGAAAGUAAUCUAGAGAUGUAAAAAAAUGAGUUUUUGAAAAUUCUAGACGGUAAUAGUACCUUAAAUACUUUUUAUACUUUAAUUAAAAAUCGUUAAUAGACUCUUUAGCACAAAAUCCUUGUUUCUACUUAAAACUCUCAAAAUUUAAAUCUUCUUCAGGGACCCUCAUGCAUUUAAGGCAUUCUGACAGAGUGGUACACCUCCAAAAUAAAAAUAUUGAUAAAAUUAUUGUGUAAAUCUUCCCUGCGAUAUAAGAAAUUACAUUCCCACUAUUUUAAGUAUAUUUGAAAUUUUUUAAACACAGAAUAUUUUAAUUAUUUCAAAAUGUAUUGUACUUUUUAAAAAUAUUUUCUGAAAAAUUCAAAUUUUUGUAUUUUGAUUUGAGUUAGGCUAUUAUAUAUUUUUAAAUAAAGAAUAAACUUGAUGCCUAACGUAUUUAAUAAAAAAAUUAAAUAAAAAAACCUAUUUAUUGAAAUUUAAGUAACAUUUUUAUUACAAAAUAAAAAACUUGUUAACCCCAUUGGUACCAUCAAAAUACUAUUUAUAUUCACUGAAUUGAUAUUUCCGGAGCAUUACCAACUCAUCUGUCUCAAAUACAGUUCUCAAUGUUGUGAAAAAGAAUAGUAUUAUGGAGGGAUAUAUGGUUUUAUUUGAAUAAAGAAGAAAAUAUUUACAGAACUGAUUACUAUUAUUCAGAAAUGAUAUUAAAGUUUAAGUAUGACCGUUAAUGUUAGAGUACUUACAUUUGUAUAAAGAAUGUUUUAGAAGAAAUAAAGAUUAG